UAUCAAAUUGAAUGGCAUCAAUAGAGUAGUUUUCAAAAGCAGAGAAUCUAUAAUAAAUGCAUUAAAAUGAUUCUUUAACUCCAUCACAUUAAUCUGAUUCUUCAGAUUCUUCUUUUGAUUUUGCUUAAGAAUUAAAUCAAAAGCCUUCAUUUAAGAGAUCUCCAGAAGAAGAGAAAGAGCUUCUUUAUAAAUAUAAAGGUAAUAAGUUUUAAAAUAUAAAUAAAUAGGAAAGCAUGGCCUUAAAUAUGCAAAAAUAUCAAAUUAAUAACGAUAAAACUUAAUAAAAUAAGUGACAUCAACAGGCUGUACAAUAAAAAAUGCAGCUAAAGAUUUAAAUAUCAAUUUUUCAACUGCUAAGGCAAUUAUGUAGAUUUAUAGAAAAGAAGGUCGUAUAUAAAAGAAAAUCAAGAGAGAAAUCAAGAUAGAGAAUAAGAAAAACCAGAAAACAAAGUAAGAAAUUCUUAACUUAAGUAUUUACAAAUUUUUAAAUUGUUUAGCCACUUCUGAUAAACCAAAUUAUGGUGAAUAAAGACAGAAAGAUAUUAUAGCUGUUUAAGAUAUUUUAUAAACUAAUCUUUAUCAAUAAGCAGAAGAGACUUAUAGGAGAUAGGCUCUAUUAAUUUAAUAAUUGAAUACAUAAGUAAAUAAACUUAAAUUAAAAAAAAUUAGAAUUAAUUAUUAUCAGGCCGAGUACAGUAAUUACAAUAGGAAAAAUAAUAAUUAAAUUAAAAUUACUCUUAUUUAUCUUAUUAAUGUAACCAAUUAUAAUAGAGGAUAACGAUUCUUAAAUCUAAUUCUUAGAUGUAAUAAAUUAUGCCUUCAUAUUAUCAACCUUAUCCUUAAUUAUGA